AUGACAAUUUUCAUUGAGAAUGCAUCGGUCGCGAAACGCCUGAACGCCAGUCAAGCUUUCGAUGAUACUUGGAAUACCGCCUCCGAUUUGGAGAAUGAACUAGAACAAAAGCGUGCCAAAAGCAGCAGCAGCAGCUCAUCAUCGUCGGGCAGCAAAGAUGGCCAAUGGUCCGGCUGGUCGGAAUGGUCGACCUGUUCACGUACCUGCGAUGGCGGCAUUAUGCAACAAAUACGCCGCUGUUACAACACAAAUGGCUGCAAGGGCGAAACCAUACGCUAUCGCAUCUGCAACAUGCAGCCAUGCCCCGAGCUGCAAGACUUUCGGGCGCAUCAGUGUGCCGCAUACAACGAUGUGCCCUACGACGGUACACUCUACACGUGGACGCCGCACUACGACUAUGUGGAGCCAUGCGCGCUAACAUGCAGAGGCCGUCCAGCUCAUUUACAUUUGGGCGACAGCGCAUCAUCCGAAGUUGUUGAGGAUCCCGAACACUAUGAUGAUCAUGUGAUCGUACAACUGUCGGCGAGCGUACAAGACGGCACACGCUGUCGAACGGGCAGUCUCGAUAUGUGCAUACAGGGUAAAUGCCAGCGCGUCGGCUGUGACUUAAAAAUCGGUUCGACGAAAAAGAUCGACAGCUGUGGCGUUUGUGGUGGAGACAGCAGCUCCUGUUCGCAGCCACUUUACUAUUGGGAGACAGCGCCAACAACACAAUGUUCGGUGACAUGUGGCGGAGGCUAUAAGAUGUCUCAACCGUUGUGUCGAAAUCGUGUCACCGGCGUAGAAGUCGAGGACUCCAUGUGCGGUCCCCAACGGCCGGAACCGUCAGUGCUGCUCUGUAACACACACACCUGCCCACCAAGGUGGAUCACUGAUGACUGGAGUCCAUGCAGUCGCCUCUGUGGACCUGGCUACCGUGAGCGCAUGGUGGUGUGUGCGGAGGAGAAUAAUGGCAUCAAGACAACGGUGCUGGAUGUGACGUGUCGUGCGCCAAAGCCAGCCACACAGGAACCGUGCAUGAUAGAGAAGUGCCCAACGUGGGAGGUGGAAGAAUGGACUGGAUGUUCAGUAACUUGUGGGCAGGGCUUGCAGAUGCGUGGAGUGGAAUGCAAAUCGGCCGACGGCAGACACAGCGCCAAAUGCGACCCACUUACGAAGCCCGCAUCGGUGCAGCAAUGCUCAACAGGGAUCUCAUGUGACAACGGCGGCGGUACGAUUAUACUCGGCAGCAGCGGACCUCUCGCAUCGUCGGAUGAUGCGGAUGUCGAUGAGGACGAUGAAGAGGAUGACGACGACUCGGCAGAUGUAGAUGAUGUUGAAGAGGGCGCAGAUGAUCCCAGUGAUGUUCGCAAUGGCGAUGCCGGCUUGGUGACAUAUCAUGAUGAGUCUGCACCACAGUACGCACAUCGCUCGGUCAGUCAUCUGCAUCAUGAAGAACCCCAGCAGCCACGUGCCGAACGGCUUACUGGUGGCAGUGGCGGUUAUGAUUAUCGCAGUAAUUCGGAACCAGAGUCAGAGGUGCCUGCUGGUGAUCCAAGCUUCGUCAAAGACAGCGAAUGGUCAGCGUGCAGCGUGACCUGUGGUGAGGGCGUACGCCGACGAGUUUAUCGUUGCAAAAUCUUUCUCGAAUACUCGCGCACCAUCGCGACCGUCAACGAUUCGCUAUGCGAAGGCGUUAAACCACACGAUGAAGUAGAGCGUUGUGUCCAGGAACCGUGUAUGCUGCCCUCACAUGCUUACGAUGAUCAAUAUCUACGCGACUCCAUUAAAGUGGGCGUCUCCGAACCCGGUAAAACAUAUGUAUGGCGAGAGCAAGGUUACACCUCGUGCAGUGCUAGCUGCUUGGGUGGAGUUGAAGAGUUGAUAAUAAAUUGUGUGCGCGAAGAUAAUGGACGCGUGGUGUCACCAUUCCUAUGUACGCCUGAAACGAAACCUGAAGCACGAGUGCGUACUUGCAACGAUCGACCUUGCCCACCGCGCUGGAAUUACUCCGACUACACGCCCUGCUCAAAAUCAUGCGGCAUUGGCAUAAAGACACGCGAAGUGCAGUGCAUACACGAGGUGACGCGCGGUGGCGAGAAUACCAUGGUUGUGCCGAAUAGCAUGUGCCCACAACCACCACCAGCCGAUCGCCAGUAUUGCAAUGUGCUCGACUGUCCGGUACGUUGGGAGGUAGGUGAAUGGUCGAAAUGCUCACACACUUGCGGUUAUGGCAUCAAGGAGCGCAAAGUAGAGUGUAAACAGAUUAUGGCGCAGGAGCAUAAAAUUGAGCGCCCCGAAUCGAUGUGUCCGAGCGCCAAACCGCCAGAUAAGAAACCUUGCAAUGUGAAACCCUGUCCUGUGGAGGAUCCCAAACCCGUCAUACAAGUUAGUAAUACAACGCAUAUACAACACGAUCCUAAAAAGUCGAAGAUUACAUUGAAAGUCGGUGGUGCCGGUGUGGUAUUCUUUGGCACACAAGUGAAAAUAAAAUGUCCUGUGAAACGUUAUAAUCGUACUAAGAUAAAGUGGAGUAAGGAUCACAAGCCCUUGGCACGUUCGCGUAAGUUCAAAGUGUCUAAGAAAGGUGCGCUGCGCAUUUUGGAUAUAACGUUCCGUGAUGCUGGUGUGUAUUCCUGUCAUGCGGGGCAUAGCUCUGCUGAGAUUACUAUUGAUGUGAAGGCGAAACCCGGACAACAACCCGAAGAGCUAAAACUGCAGGAAUCAGAACGUCUUGUUCAUGAACGUGAAGGCACGGAAGCUUUAAUCUCUGCCGAUAUGACCACAGCUGGAGAAAAUACGAAUAGCUCCCAAAACACGCGUCGUAAGCAGCAAGGAGCACGAGAAAGCAAUCGACGUGCCAAAAAUGAUCAGUCACAAAAUGUGGACGGCAACAUCAUGGAGAAUGAGCAGUCGCAAUUAGUACAACAGGUCGGCGAGGAUGGCGGUGGCGCGCCAAAAUCCACCAGCGCCUCUAAUGGCGGUAGUCGUGCCAACGUUCUACUGACGAUGCCAUACUUUCAGGCACUACUCAGCAAUUUGCAGCAUUUGUGGCCUUUUCAGAAAUUUGGCGAUUCGAGAGGACAUCACAUGCUGUUCGACAAAGGUCUACAAUUCGGCAUCGAUUUGGAAAAUUUCGAACAGGACGAGCCCAUGCGACCACAAAUCGACGUUGGAGAUCUGCGGACCCUUGCCGCGUCCGAUGCAUAUGCCUCAUCAUCGCUUACAACGCUAGAAGACAGGAAUGACGGUAGCAGCAGCAACGUUAACUCUGAUGGCAAUGUUUGGCACGAACAGGAAGCAACAGAGCAUAUAAGCGUCAUCACAAGUACAACAACAAUGCUGCCAACAGUUAGCAAUGCCAUUGGCGCAACACAUGAGGACGACUCACCACAUUCACCGCACGCCAGGUGGCAGAAGCAGGGCGAGGCAGAAACAGCCACGGUGGCCACGAGUAACCAUGUCACGUACGAAUGGCGCAUCGGCGAAUGGUCGGAGUGUUCAGAGAAGUGCGGUAAUGCGGGCGGCGCAGGUUUACGGCGCCGCUCAAUAACGUGCCUACGUUUACGCCACCACACGCCCGCAUAUAAUUCGCUGGAAUCACACGUGGAAGCGGACAUCGAAACGGUUGACAAUGCGUACUGUGAGGAUUAUGGACUAAGCGUUCCUGACACGUUUGAAAUGUGCGGCCACGAAGAGUGUGCCCGUUGGGAGGCUGGCGAGUGGACUUUGUGUCAGCGUUCGCGUUGCUUUGGGCGCAACACGGCCAUACAAAAGCGUGAGGUUAAAUGUCGCUUUGCGAAUGCCACUGAGGCGACGGAUGCCUGCAGUGUGUCACAGCGUCCAAUUAGUCGACAGGAGUGUUAUAGUGAGCGUUGCAAGGGGGUUUGGCGUGUCGAACCAUGGUCUGAGUGCAAUGCGCAAUGCGGUCGUCAGGGAAUUAAAUACCGCAUUUUACAGUGUGUUUGGUAUGGCACGCGCCGACCAGCGGGCAAUGCCUGUCGCCAUCAGCCACGUCCAGCAGUUAUGAAAGUGUGUAAGAGUCCGCCAUGCUUCUCAAAAACUUUUGACCAAUGCAAGGACACUUCACGGUAUUGUCGCAACGUACGCUCGAUGGGCUUGUGCAGAUUGCACCGUUACCAAGAGAAAUGCUGCAAGUCUUGCCAAUUCAAUGCAUACUACAAUUAACAACAACAAAUAUGGGCAAAGUUAAGAAAAAGUGUAAAAGUCAAGGCUGCGGCGCAAAAGCAAAGAACACAACAACACAAAUAACCCACACAAUCAACAGCAGCUCUCCAAAGAAGUAAACGAAGGAAUAUUCGAAUGCGAAUAUUCAACGGACUACCAAACAUUAAUGUAAAAU